UCUCAUCUUCCAAAUUGAAGCUCUCGCCGUGAUCCUCCUUCGAAUUCUUCACCUCGUCUAUCGCCGACGACUUCGAUUCCUCCAGCAGAUCUUCAAGCACUUCUUCCUCCUCGUCGAACAGCGAGUGCCUCAGGACUGUGAACGCUUUGAAGAGUAUUCGCGCUUUGACGGCGUCGGAUUUGGUUGCGACGGCGGUGAACGUGGAUUUGGCUGCUCGGCUCACCAUUGACGCUAUCUGCUUCACGAUUUUCGCUCCUUUUCCGGUCUUCAUGAUGAUUGAUUGACCGAUUGAGAGGGAAAUUGAGAAUGGGUGACUUCAUUUUGAAUUUGAUCCAUCGCUUCAAUGGCGGCGCGGGAAAUGUGGAGGGGAAGGAAAGGAAACGAUGGGGGAGAUGAACGUACCUCUCCAAAUCGGUCCACUCUUCUCUCUCUCGACCUCACUAUUCUUCCUUCUAUUCGCGACUACUUUUUACCUAAAUAUCAUCCUCCCUAGGGUUCCGAUCGGAUCGGGUUCCCCUCCGAAUUCAUUUCUGCAGAUCCGACGGAACAGACAGAUCGGAGGAGACAUAUAACAACAACAGCAAAACCUCCUUCACAUCUCCUCCGAUUUCCGAUUCGUCGACCGUUCCGACUGCGUGUUCCUGAGGAGGAAUUUGUGUUCGUGGGGGAGAAGUCGAUCGAUGGAAUUUUUGUUUGUUUAGGUUAAAAAAAUCAAAAACAGACGAGAUUCGGCUAUGGCGUCGUCUCCCCCGCCUUCUCAAUGCUUUUCCGACGCCAACGCACGGCGGGAACAGGUCGCCGGUUCUAAUGGCUCGCCGUUGCGAAUAUAUCAAGUCUGGAAAGGAAGAAAUAAAUUCUUGUGCGGUGGCAGAUUCAUAUUCGGUCCGGACGUUAAAGCUCUGUUCCUCACAUUGAGUUUGAUCCUGCUUCCGAUGAUCUUAUUUUGGUGGUUUGUUGCGGAAGGUUUGAUUGAUGGAUUCCGCCAUGGCUAUCUUCUCGUUGCUUUCUCCGCUGUGUUGACUGCAUACGUCAUUGUUCUUCUUUUGCUCACUUCCGGAAGAGAUCCCGGAAUCAUCCCCCGAAACCGCCACCCUCCUUUCAUCCCCGACGAUUCGGAUGUCUCCAACUUCCCGACGGCGCUGACGAGCGCCGCGAGCAGCGCUCGCAUGCCUCGAUUUCCAUUGACGAAAAGCAUUGCGAUCCGCGGGACACUCGUGAAGGUUAAAUUUUGCCAAACAUGUCUCAUGUACCGCCCUCCGCGUUGCUCCCAUUGCUCCAUCUGCAAUAACUGCGUCGAAAGGUUCGAUCAUCAUUGCCCUUGGGUUGGCCAAUGUAUCGGAAAGAGAAAUUACCGGAGCUUCUUCAUGUUCGUUUCUUCGACGAGCUUGCUAGGAUUGUACAUUCUAGUUUCUUGCUCGGUGAACAUCAAGAGGAUCGCCGACGGUGCGGAUUGUAACAUGUGGCAAGCCAUCCGACGUUCACCAGUGUCCGGGAUUCUCGUGCUGUAUUCGUUUGUGGUCUGCUGGUUCGUCGGAGGCCUCACAGUAUUCCAUCUCUACUUAAUUUCGACGAACCAGACGACAUACGAAAACUUCCGGUAUCAAUACGAGCGCAGGUCGAAUCCUUACAACAUGGGAUGCUCGCGAAAUUUUAAGGAAGUGUUUUGCGCUGGAAUUCCUCCGUCGCGGAACAACUUCCGGGAGAUGGUUCAAUCUGACCCGACCGCUCCCCCGUCGUUGCUGAUGAACUUCGACGACGCGGAGAUGGAAAGCCAGGACAGUUUCGACGAGGAUGUAGCGACACGGGAUCAACAAGAACGAGCUGUCGAGGAGGUUUGAAGGAUUUGAGUCUAGGAUGAUGUGGCAUCGAUUGUUUCAGACGAGCUUUGUAAUGAAGUCGACGGGAUGAGGUAAGUUAGUCGAAGGAAAGGAACGUCGACAAUGUUUGGCGCAACGGAUUGCGUUCGAUUCGAUUCCAGGUAAUUUUGAUUUUACGAAGCUCUUAUGUGUUUGAAUCGAGUUUUUUUUUAACUGUCGCACGUUUUCUCCAUCGUAAAACCUCCCCCGUUCGAUCGAUCAAUCAAUCGACCGACGUUCUUGCGGUUGGAAUUGGCAGGAAAAUUGAAUUUUGUGUGUGUAGAAAAAAAGUGUGGGGAUGAGCCGUGGAAUUUGAUUAUUGUAGUUGAAGGAUCUGCUAAGCUUAAAAAUGCCAUAGGAAAGGAAGAUUAAUUUGGUGA